CAUAGCCAUCAUCUUCAUCACCUCCCCCUAAAUGACAAGGCACCAGCUCUCUCUUGACCGUCGAAUCCAAUCCCUCUUCCCGGUUGCGUUGGCUUCUCUGCUUGUCCUUGGGACUGCACGACUAGUCCUCGACGCCUUGAAGAGCAAUGACAGCUUUGUCUUUCAGCUAUAUGGCAGGCCAAGAGGUCAACAACAGAGACCGGCAGUUGUUGUUUCCCCUGAGGACCGGAUUGAUGAAAGUUGCAAUGUCUUUGAAGGGAAAUGGGUGUGGGACAAUGUGUCCCAUCCUCACUAUACAGAAGAGAGCUGUCCUUACUUGGUAAAACAAGUUACCUGCCAAAGAAAUGGUAGGCCUGAUUCUUACUAUAAGAAUUGGAGGUGGCAACCUAAUGACUGCAACCUCCCAAGGUUUGAUCCAUUGAAGCUAAUGCAGAUUUUGAGGGGUAAAAGGCUGAUGUUUGUUGGAGACUCUGUACAGAGAGGGCAGUUUGAAUCCCUAGUCUGUAUGGUUCAAUCUAUAAUUCCUCAAGGAAAGAAAUCUCUCCAAAGGGUCCCUCCCAGAAAGAUCUUCAAAGUUGAGGAGUUUGAUGCAUCCAUUGAAUACUACUGGGCUCCAUUUAUUGUGGAGUCGAUUUCGGACCAUGCAACAAAACAUACUGUACUGAAACGGCUGGUGAAGCUAGACUCCAUAGCUAAGCACGGAAAACACUGGGAAGGAGUAGAUAUCUUGGUGUUCGAGAGCUAUGUAUGGUGGAUGCACAAGCCUACCAUCAAUGCUACAUAUGGAUCUCCUGAUGUCCAAGAAUAUAACGUCACUACAGCAUACAGACUGGCCUUACAAACUUGGGCAGAAUGGUUGGAAUCCAGCAUCAACCCUGAGAGACAAAAGGUCUUCUUCAUGAGUAUGUCUCCAACGCAUUUAUGGAGUUGGGAAUGGAAGGCUGGAAGUGAUGAGAACUGCUUCAACGAGUCUUACCCAAUUCAAGGUUCAUAUUGGGGUACCGGUUCAAACAUGGAAAUCAUGGAAAUGAUACACGACCAAAUACAGGAUUUGAAAGUGAAGGUAACAUUGUUGAAUAUUACCCAGUUGUCAGAGUACCGAAAAGACGCACAUACAUCAGUAUAUGGGGAACGCAAGGGGAAGCUCUUGACAAAGGAACAAAGAUCUGAUCCUAAAAAUUUUGCUGAUUGCAUUCACUGGUGCCUACCUGGGGUUCCUGAUACAUGGAAUGAGAUUUUGUAUGCACAUUUGUUAAAGAGCCAUCAAAAUCUUUUGUAAGUUGAAUUUAACAGUUGAGCCUUGGAUAAAAUCUACGAGAGGUACAUUUGUACGUUAAUAUUGAGGAUCAAUAGUGCAGCAUUUUGCGAGGAAGAAGAAAAGGAAGUGACACCUGCAACGGAACUUGUAUUUAAUUUAACACUUGUGGUCUUCUUUUUCUUUUCUUCAACCGAAAAACAACUUUAUUUUGGUGACCAUAGACGUAUAAAAUCCGUAA